UUGUUCUCUGCAAAUCUUAAAAAUUAUUUUCUCUCCUCCCCCAUUUAUUUUCUGUGUCCCUUAUUUGAUUGCUGAGAAACCGCCAGAGAAAAACCUCCAUCUCUUUUAAAGAUAUUUCUUCUUCUUCCCGUUGUUUCUGCUUUCAGUUUCGAAGCAUUUUUCUCAGGAAUUUGCGUAGCUUAAAGGUUCGUGUUUUCACUUGUAAAAAUUACACAUUUAACAAUUUAUCCCCUCUCUGUUCUUUGUUAUGAGCUUGGACUCGUUUAACAAUAUGAUAAAAUGCCUGACCCAGUUUUAAGAACUUGAUUUUUUUUAAAAAAAUUCUUCUGGUUUUUCUUUUGGAAUGGGUACUUUGUUCUGUGGGUGGAUUUUGGUUGAGAAUGACAAUGAUUUGUCAAAGCUUCACGCGCAAUAGUGGUGGUGGGUCUUAACAUGUUUUCUUAAUUGUCUAUAUCCUUGCAAGUGUGUAAAUUGUUUCCUUCGAAACAAUACAAAUAUGUAUAUUAAUUGGCCAUACUGUUUUCAAUUUUUAUAUAUAUAUAUGCAUCUGUCUUCUUUCAAUGUGUGUUUUGCCUUUUCUGGAAUGUAAUUUUCACAACACUAGUUUCUCUCCAAGCGUGUGUAUGUAUUUGCAGAACCAUUAUGUGUGUGUGCCUGAUUAUAUGUGAGGUUAUGAAUUUUUUGGCUCUGUCCUUGAGCUUCAUAUAAUGGUCAAAUGGUGAAGGAUUUGAGAUUUAUUUAUUUUUAUCUCAUUAACGCGGAAGAAAUUCUAGGACAAAUAUUCCCAAAUUGUAUGCCUUUGGUAGCAACAAUCAUAGAAGUUCUAUUACAAAACUCUCUCUCUCUCUCUCUCUCUCUCUCUCUGGUGUUAACUCUUUGCAAUUUUUUUUUUUUUUUUUUAAGUUUAACUCUUUGCAAAAUUCUAUUACAAAGUCAAGUCUUUCCAUGAAUCAUGUUGUUAUCUUGGUUAACCUUUCAUAACAACUGUCAGCAAAAUACAAAAACAGGAAUCUUUUUGUUUGUUUCUCAUUUUUGAUUAAUAAGCUUGAGGCCAAUAUGGUACUCUGUGGUACACAAUGUUCUCCUGUCCUAGCUUAAGAGAAUGCUUUCAAAAUAUUUAAUUUCUUGAGUCAGCAGGAUAAUUUCUCUAAGUAUUUUUCAAGUCUAAACUGGUUCUAUUUCUUCUUGGCAUCUUACAUUAUUUCAGGGUCCUUGAGGAAGAGGAUUCUUAACUGAGUUGAAAAUCGAGUAGAGGCUUCUUUUAUAUCCACUGUCCGUUGAAGGAACUCGAGGAUAUAUAACAUCUGGUCUUGUUAUGGAGAUAAAAUCUGGUCACUCGUCUCCUGUAAUGACUGAUUCUCCACCGAUAAGCAACUCAAGAUUAACCAUUCGUCAGAAUAGACUACCAUGCUCAUCAGCAGCGUUCUCAGAGAACAACAAUCUUUUGCUAACCGUUCCCAGAAAGAAAACUGGGAUUCUUGAUGAUGUCAAGUCUUGUGGUUGGCUCGAUGCAAUGAAAUCUUCUUCUCCUCCCCCAGCAAUACUUAACAAAGACAGCAUUAGCAGCGAUGCGAGUUACCGCGAAUGGACGCUCAAGUAUCCAUCAGCUCUUACUAGUUUUGAGAAAAUCACGAGUUUUGCAAAAGGGAAAAGAAUAGCAUUGUUUCUUGAUUAUGACGGGACACUUUCGCCUAUAGUUGAGGAACCUGACUGCGCUUACAUGUCAAGUGCUAUGCGUACUGCGGUGCAAAACGUUGCCAAGUACUUCCCAACCGCGAUCAUUAGUGGAAGAAGCCGUGAUAAGGUGUAUGAGUUUGUUGGACUGAGUGAACUUUAUUACGCCGGAAGCCACGGAAUGGACAUCAUGAGUCCUGCAGGAGAAUCUUUAAACCAUGAACAUCUCAGCCGUACUGUAUCAGUUAACGAACAGGGGAAAGAUGUGAAUCUAUUCCAGCCUGCUAGCGAGUUUCUACCGAUGAUUGAUAAGGUGCUUUGUUCGCUUGUGGAGAUUACAAAAGAUAUCAAAGGGGUGAAAGUAGAAGACAACAAGUUCUGCAUCUCUGUGCAUUACCGCAAUGUAGAAGAAAAGAACUGGACAUUGGUUGCACAACGCGUUGAUUAUGUCAUUAGAACAUAUCCAAAGCUACGUCUAACACAUGGCCGGAAGGUUUUAGAGAUCCGUCCAGUUAUUGACUGGGACAAAGGAAAAGCUGUGACAUUUUUACUCGAAUCUCUUGGCCUAAACAACUGUGAUGAUGUUCUUCCAAUCUAUGUCGGGGAUGAUCGAACAGAUGAAGAUGCAUUUAAGGUGUUACGAGAUGGACCAAACCACGGUUAUGGUGUAUUAGUCUCUGCUGUGCCUAAAGACACCAAUGCCUUUUACUCCCUUCGUGAUCCAUCCGAGGUGAUGGAGUUUCUGAAAUCAUUAGUUACCUGGAAGAGAUCAAUGGUUUAGUAGAAGAACAAGAAGAUGAAGUAGAAGAAAAUGGCUGACUAUAUAAUAUUUAUUUAUAUAUAUAUGGAAGUUAGAAAAUUAUUGUUGUUAUACAGAUGGAAUGGAGAAAGAGAUGAUGCAAAAGUAAAGCAUUUAGUUUUCUUU